CUUUCGGACUCCUUCUGCUUUCUCUCCCUCUCCUCACCUGGACUAUCUUGGGGAUCCUGUUUCUCUUCGUCUCUCUUUCUCUUCCUUGGUGAGAAUCCCAUUCCCCUCUUUUCUACCCUCCUCUUUUCUCGGAAUCCCUCCAGGCCGUCCCCCCUUCACCCUCCACGGUCGGCCUGCCGUUCAUUACACCCUCCUCGGUCUUGGGAUUCUCCUAGGGGCAAUUUUCUGCUGUCUUGGAUUCAGCAGAAAAUUAUAAAUACUAAUAAUAAAAAAAAAACAUACUUCUGCAGCGUCCCCAGCCACCUUAAUAUCUUCCAAUCACCCGCAGGAGUCCAGGGUUCGCCAGCGCAUUCCUGUCUCCCUUCCCCUGAUCCCCUUGCCGCCGUCGCCGCAAAGCAUCUGCCUGUGAUCUGCUACCCCCUCUCUUCCCCGAUCGGUCCCCUGCGUGCUGGAUGAGUACGACGGCUUCUGCCUCUUCCAAUGCACAGACGCUCGUCUGGCUCGCCUGCUGAGGACGACGCCGAAGAUCCCUUGGUUUCUCGAUCCCCCAAUGAAUCCCAUCAUGGUCCCAAUGUCCUCGAUUCGUCCGAAAAGCAGCAGCCGCGCACUCAGAUAGCUAGGACCGGCACGAGCUUCGACCUGCGCCGAGAUACCACCGGGAUCUCGACGCCCCGUUCAAGAAAUUCGAGCACGUGGAGGACCCUGUCGUCCUCGUCGACCGCAACUUUGACUUCCCAUGAGCCUCGAUAUCUCUCCGCCAUGAUGCCCUUGACCUCUUCCCAGCGCCUCUCCGUGGAGACAUCUCCCGAUCCUCAACACCGUUCUCGAUCGUCUCGUCUUCGCAGCCCUUGGGAAUCCUCUGUUCUCACUGCGCUCACCACCGUCCUCGCGUCUUUGCUUCUCUUCUCGAUUUUCCGCUCUUUCUCCGCCCUUCAGACUGGAAGCAAUGGCUGUGGGAUUCCCGUGAUGAGUCCAACUUUCCUCCGCAUGGUGGGGUUCGAUACAGAGCAUACACGAUUUGCGAGCAAGUAUAAUCUGUUUCUCUACCGGGAGGAAGGUGUAGACCCGUACAACCAGGAAAAUCUUGGGUUAAAUGGGGCACCUGUUCUCUUUUUACCUGGCAAUGCAGGAAGUUACCGACAAGUCCGAUCUCUCGCCGCUGAAGCGUCCAGACACUAUGCAGAGGUGGUUCAACAUGACCAGGAACGUUUGAAGGCAGGAACCCGGAGCUUGGAUUUUUUCAUGAUUGACUUUAACGAGGAUAUGGCGGCGUUUCAUGGACAGACUCUGCUCGACCAGGCGGAAUACGUAAAUGAGGCGGUGGCUUAUAUCCUCUCCCUCUACCAUGAUCCCCGACGCACCCGAAGAGACCCUGAACUUCCUGACCCUACCUCGGUCAUAAUUGUCGGACACUCAAUGGGCGGGAUUGUCGCACGAACUGCAUUGACAAUGGCAAACUUCCAAGAGAAUUCGGUCAACACCAUCAUCACGAUGUCAGCACCCCACGCCAAACCUCCGGUUUCGUUCGACUCGGAUAUUGUUCACACCUACAAGCAGAUCAAUGACUAUUGGCGAGAGGCCUAUUCGCAAACCUGGGCUAACAAUAAUCCUCUGUGGCAUGUGACUCUGAUCUCAAUUGCGGGUGGUUCGCGCGAUACUGUGGUUCCGUCCGAUUAUGCGAGCAUUUCGUCCCUCGUCCCUGAGACUCACGGCUUUACUGUGUUCACCUCGACGAUUCCCGAUGUGUGGAUUGGGGUAGAUCAUCUUUCGAUUACUUGGUGUGAUCAGUUCCGCAAGGUUAUCAUCAAGUCCUUGUUUGAAGUUGUUGAUGUGCGCCGGGCCAGCCAGACGAAGCCCCGGGCAGAACGAAUGCGCAUAUUCAAGAAAUGCUAUCUCACGGGAUUGGAGCCUGUAUCUCAAAGGAUGCUCCCUCGUAACGAACCGAGUACCCUGUUAACUCUUGAAGACCAUACCAAUACGAUCUUGUCACCAGGACAGCGACUCGUACUCCGCGAGCUCGGCCAUCGCAGCGUUCCCAACGCGCACCUGCUCCCUGUCCCUCCGCAAGGAGUGUCUGGAAAGAAGUUCACCCUUCUCACAGAUCAGUCCUUUGAUAAACCCGGUGACCAAGGAAAUUUAGAGGUGCUGUUUUGCAGCGUGUCCCCUUUACACAAUGGAAAGUUUCAGACGUUGUUUUCUCUGAAUCUGGACUUUUCCGGAGUUAAUGUGGGCUCAACACGUCUCGCGUGCAAGAACGCGGCUGUAGAUGGUAUUCACCUUCCUGCAUCGACCCGUACCUCCAAGAACGCGUGGGACCUGGUUACCCCGUUUUCAUAUCUCCAGUAUGAUCUGGAAGACCUUGCUGAACAUCAAUUUGUGGCGGUUGUCGAUAAAGCCCGGGCACCGACUCGUGGGUGGGUUUUGGCAGAAUUCUCCGACAGCUCGGAUGCCCUUAUUAAAGCCAAGGUAGGCUUGGGGGGGUUACUUAGUGCUGGACUGAAAGUGCGACUACCAGCCAAUCGACCCAUGCUUACUGAGGUGAAAAUCCCCGCGUUAUACUCAAGUCUGCUGGACUAUAAGCUUCGCGUCGUUCGCCAGCGUCACGGUAACCAGCAAGAGCUUUUUGCGCCUCUCCUACGCCAGUCGAUCCCGGACCCUCACGAGUCGAAAUUCUUCGUCAAUGUAGACCAGGUUAACGUGAACCUACAUGGUCUUGCACCAUACAUGCCUCCUCCGCUCCGUGAACAAACAAUCCAGAACGGCGUUUCCUUCCAGCUGUGGACGGACCCGACUUGCGAUUCCACAGUAGACAUUACCUUGACGGUAGACAUUGUUAGUAGUUUGGGCGAGCUUGUGAUGCGGUACCGCACCGUGCUUGCGGCAUUUCCUCUCCUUGUGGUUGCUUUGGUUCUUCGAAAGCAAUUCCAAGUGUAUGACGAGACCGGAUUUUUCAUCACGUUUGCCGAGGGGUUGGAUAGCGCCUUGCGGUCAUCUAUGCCGGUCUUGCUGCUGGCUAUGUCGCUGCUUGCUUCUUCUCUCGCUACCUCGACCACCCUACCCACAGGGGAUGGCCCGUUCCACUGGGCCACGAAUUCCACCGAGUCACCUAUUGACUUUACGAAGAAUGAUCUGCUUUUGGGCUCUCAAGACACAUUCUUCUGGUUCCUCGUUCCUGUGUUUGGCUUAAUUAGUGUCGGAGUGUGUGUCAUUGUCAAUUAUGUGGUGCUCUUCAUCCUUUCCGUUUUCUCAUUUGUCUACGGCGUUGUGAAUAGCAAGUCAGGGUAUAUCCGUCGUGAUGACAAGGGGAAUCUUCCCAUGUUUCCCGCCCCUUCUCCUCGGCGUCGAUUAAUCAAGAUGGCAGUCCUACUGAUACUGGUGUCAACUGCUAUUCCCUAUCAAUUCGCGUAUUUGGUGGCUUGUAUUGUGCAACUAGCAACAUGUGUCCGCGCACAAUGGCACGCUAAAGAGACUAGAUCAACGGCUCACUAUAACUUUUCUAACUACACUCAUUCUAUGUUCAUUCUCAUGCUUUGGGUUCUCCCGAUCAAUAUCCUUGUUCUCCUCGUGUGGGCUCAUAACCUUGUUGUACACUGGUUCAUGCCGUUCUCAUCGCACCAUAAUUUGUUAUCCAUAAUGCCCUUUAUUAUCCUUGUUGAGACUAUGACUACCGGGUCAAUGGUUCCUCGGGUUACUACACGCCUAAAACAUGUCACCUCCGUCCUCUAUUUCUGCAUUGCCACGUAUUCCGCCGUGUACGGAGUGUCGUACGCCUACCUUUUGCACCACCUUGUCAAUAUCCUCGCCGUGUGGCUCGUGGGAAUUUACCUGGUCCGUGGCGGGUUCUCCCUUCGACGCUUUUGGCGGAUCCUAGAAGGAGAGGAAGGAGCCGCAGGGACCUCUGAACCAGGGGGCCAUAUGAAGAAAAAGCCAUGACCGAUAUGCCCCUUUCCUUUCUCCCGACACCUAUACCUUUUCUCUCUCUUGAGCCCCCGCUGAUUAUAUUCCCCUCUUCUCUGUUGCAUUUUGCGGCUUUUAGCCAUGCCUAUACGGAGUUGUACUUUGGCGCGGCGUUUUCUUCUUCUUCUUCUUCUUCUUCUUUUUUUUUUUUUUUUUAAAUCGCUUACUAUUUAUUUAUUUAUUUACUUACUUAUUUUAACUUACGC